AAAAAAAGACGUUAACAAUCACGUGGCGGUAAAACGCUCGUCGCAUCAAAACGCUGUCGUUCGGAGCGUUUAGUGUGUGCGCGUUGGAAACAAGCGUACACCAAGUCUUAAGCAGAGAGAAAGCACCGAAUAGAAAGAAAAUUGGAAAAGACGAGAGAGAAGAAGGCACACAAAAAGAAGAGAUAGCCAAACUUUGAAGCAAACAAACCCAAUUCAAACGAAAUCAAAGAUCAUUGAUAGAUUCUUUUUUUCACCGGAAUCGGAGCUACUUUUUUGUGUUGAGGAGAGGGGUAUUGUUCGGAUAAUCUUCUCGGUGUGAAAUUGAGAAUUUUGAUCGGGAUUCGAGCGGCAAAUGGUGAUGCAGACGGAAGCUAGGGUUGGGGUGAGCUCAGGGCAUGGCGUCGUCGGGAACAAAUCGUCGUCUCACCGUCUAACGCAGGAUCAGAGAUCACAUAUCGAAUCGGCGUCGCAGCUCUUGGCCGGAGGAAUCGCCGGCGCUUUUAGCAAGACUUGCACUGCCCCUCUCUCUCGCCUCACCAUUCUCUUCCAGGUGCAAGGCAUGCACUCAAAUGCGGCAGCUCUAAGAAAGCCGAGCAUAUUGCACGAGGCUUCACGGAUAUUGAAUGAAGAAGGAUUCAGGGCUUUUUGGAAAGGGAAUCUUGUUACAAUUGCUCACCGGCUUCCAUAUUCUUCUAUCAAUUUCUACACAUAUGAACACUACAAGAAGUUCAUGUAUAUGGUUACUGGGAUGGAAAAUCACAGGGAGAGUAUAAGCUCAAACCUUUUUAUACAUUUUGUAGCCGGUGGUUUGGCUGGAAUCACAGCUGCUUCUGCCACUUAUCCACUUGAUCUUGUUAGAACUCGCCUUGCUGCUCAGACAAAAGUCAUCUACUACACGGGUAUAUGGCAUACUAUGCGCACUAUCAGCACCGAUGAAGGUAUCUUGGGCCUCUACAAGGGACUCGGAACAACGCUUGUGGGUGUUGGGCCUAGUAUCGCCAUUAGCUUUUCUGUGUACGAAUCAUUGAGAUCUUAUUGGAGGUCAAAUAGGCCCCAUGAUUCUCCUGUCAUAGUCAGUCUAGCUUGUGGAAGUCUUUCAGGCAUUGCAUCUUCAACAGCUACGUUUCCAUUGGAUCUGGUGAGAAGAAGGAAGCAGCUAGAAGGAGUGGGUGGGCGAGCGGUUGUGUACAAGACAGGUCUGUUGGGGACAUUGAAGCGUAUUGUUAAGACAGAAGGAGUGAAAGGUUUGUACAGAGGAAUUCUUCCAGAGUACUAUAAAGUGGUUCCUGGUGUUGGGAUCUGUUUCAUGACCUACGAGACGCUCAAGCUUUACUUCCUGGAUCUUUCUUCACAGCUAUAACAAGUUUUAUGCUAUAGAUUUGUAGGUCUAUUUUUGGGGAGAGGCAAAAACUGUAAACCAAAAAGCGGGGAUGGAUAAUUAUUAUACGAAAUGUAGAAUUAUAUAUGUAUUUUUGGUUAUAUCUAGUGAUUUUAGAUUAUACGAUAUUAUUAACAUUGUACAGUUCUAGUUAAUGGCCCUCAUCAUCAACAAAACAAACAUGACUUUGUUGUAA